AUGAAUUCAGGCUGCAGCUUUUGUUGUGCAUUUUCCAAAAUUUAUUGUAGCAGAUCGGAUCUUUUACAUUAGCCAAUUAAAACAGAAUAAAACAAUUACGCUCACAAGACUUACAGGAGUCCACCACACCACUCUGGCAGCAUCCAUGGAGAUGAAUCCUCUGGAGGGUCUCAUGUCAGUGGCGCUGAACCAGCAGCUGGUGUCCAGCUCCACAGCAGAGGAGCAGAGCCUGCAGCCUCUUGGAGCUGCGAGCCAGGUAUCCUUGCACAGAAGCAGGCAGGCCAUACACAGGAACCGGGAAUCCAGGAAUUGGGUGCAGAGUGUGUGUGGGUCCAGCUCCGUCUCUGCAUCUGGUUGUGGGCCUGAGGUCCAUGCCCGGGUUCUGAGGAGUCAGCACUCCCCAGAAAAUGCAGCUCGAGAAAGGAGUCGUGUGCGCAAUCUGCGGCAGGCCUUCCACAGUUUGCAGGCAGCGUUACCUUCAGUCCCACCUGAUACCAAGCUCUCCAAGCUGGAUGUUCUGGUUCUGGCUACUAACUAUAUAGCUUACCUGACAGAGACGCUGGACCAGGGAGGGAAAGCAGCUGAUCAUUCUCUGCCCUCCAGGCCUGGAGGAUACCUGCACCCUGUUAAGAAGUGGCCCAUGCGCUCUCUGCUCUACUGUGGUACAGUUGGAGAGCUGCUAUCAGCCAAUCAGAUGCCUCCAACUGGACAGGAUGGAAAACGCUCUCUGACCCCUCCAACAGACCAACAAUGAUCAGCCUUGGGAAAAUAAAAUUCACCAUUUUUCUUAAAAAAAACAAAAAAAAAAAGGUGAUUUGUAAUUAUUAUUUCAUAAAUAUAAUAUGGUCAUUGCUUAAAGAAAAAUCUGUUAUCUGUAACCCAGUUCCCUUUUUCCCCAUUUGUCUAGUUGUUCAUUUCAUUUACCAUAAAAUAUACCAAAAAAAGUCAUUACAUGAGUGCUUGGUGGAUUAUUUAUUUGUUGUAGAGAAGAUUUGGGAAGUUUUUCAUGGGUGCAUGUUUAACUCUGCUGCUCAUCCCACGAAUGCAUUUCCCUACAAAUGUGGCUCCAUUUAAAAGGAAAUAAACAGACUUUCUGACACUGAAAGAUUUAUUACUGAAAGACAACUAAGAAAUAAUCCACCAAACACUAAUUUCCCCACUUUAUGUCCUCAAGUCAUGUCCCAGUUUAAAAGAAUGAACUUUUCUUAUGGCCUGUGUGCAGAUUGUCAGACAUAUGAACAGAUACAUACAUGUUCACUGGUGAGCACAUAGAUUACUAUUAUAUUUACUUAUAGGCUUAAAUAUGGCAAAAUAAGAAAGACUGACUACAUAACAAAUGACAACAUGGAGGAACUUUGUGUGAUCUGGAUUUAUAUUGCUUUUCAGAUGUUAAUUUCACAUUAUUGAAGAGUUUAGUCAGUUGAUUGCUUUUAAAAGAAAUAAAACAUAUCUUUGUUAUAGUUGA